UUUACGCAGUACGUGCAACGGUUCAAAGAGGAAGGAAGAUGGCGGAUAACAAAGGCGAGGAUGAUAUGGAACCGUCUGCUAACUCGGACUCUGUGCCUUCAGCGCAAGAUAGCGAGCAACUAGAAACGAAAGUCGAAAAUGCGGUAAUAAUCAUAGAAGUGAAUACAAAGGACGAUGAAGAAACAGCGUCCCAAGAUACCGCUAACGAGGCAUCUACACCCACCAGCGAAGGUGUAGACGUGAGCAACGGCGGGGUUGCUGUUGUGGGAGGGGAAGCCAAUGGUAGCACUAGUAAUGCUGUCAGCCCAGCUGCGACCAGCACCACCAAUGCAGAGCCGAUGGCUACUGAAACCCUGCCCGCCGUGGAUGCUCCUGUUGGCGGACUCACCACUGAAAUGUCCCCCCCCUCUACAGCUCCAACGGCCACGCCGGUAUCGGCUCCCUUUAAUUUUUUGGAUACGUGCGCAGUGUGUAAACAAAGUCUUCAGAGCCGAGACUGUGAACCAAAACUUCUGCCUUGUCUGCACUCAUUUUGCCUCAAAUGUAUCCCGCAACCGGACCGACAGAUAAGCGUACAGGUACCUGGACCACACGGGCAAACUGACACACACAUAGUCAAUGUUAUGCGCUGCUCAGUGUGCCACCAGGACUACAAACAGAGUGACAUCAUUGACAACUACUUUGUCAAAGAUACCACAGAGGCCACCAGCACAUCUGAUGAAAAGUCUGCACAGGUGUGCACAAGCUGUGAGGACAACGCAGGAACCAUAGGCUUUUGUGUGGAGUGCGGGGAAUGGCUGUGUAAGACCUGCGUGGAGGCACACCAGAGGGUCAAAAUUACCAAGGACCACAAAAUCCACACAAAAGAGGAUGCUGACGCUGCCUCCGAGUCUGUCGGUACGACAGGACAAAGGCCUGUGUUCUGUCCCAUCCACAAGCAGGAGCCUCUGAAGCUUUUCUGUGAGACCUGUGACACUUUGACCUGCAGGGACUGCCAGCUGCUGGAGCACAAGGAGCACAGGUACCAGUUCCUGGAGGAGGCUUUCCAGAACCAGAAAGGCAUCAUUGAGACCAGCGUGGCCAAGCUACAGGAAAAGAAGAACUAUGUCCAUUACUCUGUCUCGCAGGUGCAAAACAGGUUAAAGGAGCUGAAUGAGACGCACAAGAAGGUGGAGCACGAGAUCAAAAUUGCAGUAUUCACUCUUAUUAAUGAGAUCAACAAGAAGGGAAAGUCCUUGCUGCAGCAGUUGGAGAGUGUCACCAAAGAGCGCAGCAUGAGGCUUGUGUCUCAGCAUAAAGAUACCACGCAGCUGGCCCAACAGAUCCACCAUGUGCUCGGCUUCUGCCAAUGGGCCAUCGGCAAUGGCAGCAGCACAGCGCUGCUCUACAGCAAGAGGCUGAUCUUGUUCCAGCUUCGCCAGCUCUUCAAGGCUCGACUGGAGCCAGCGCCCCAGGCCAAUGGAGUUGUGCGCUUCUUCUGUGACCCCACCUUCUGGGCCAAAAACGUGGUGAAUCUAGGUAAUUUGGUAAUCGAAAAGCCACCCACAGCUGCGCAGCCGCCCGGAGUGAUGGUAGGAGGACCACCCAUUUCUCCAGGCCAUGGUCACCACGGCAAACACCCGGGACAGAUCAACCUGGCCCAGCUCCGGCUUCAGCAUAUGCAGCAGGCGGCCUACGCACAGCAGAAGCAGCAGCAUCAACAGCAGCAGCACCAGCAGCAGAUCCAGCAACAGAUGCGCAUCGCCUCCCAAAUGUCCCAGCAGCACGUCAGACAGGCCGGUCCACCCAUGGGCCAGCAGCAGCCCCCAAGGCUCAUCAGUAUGCAGCAGCUACCGAGAGGGCCUGUGGGUAUGAACGGUGGGCCAGGUCCCCCCAUGUACCCUUCGGCCCACCAUAUGCGUCUCCCGGGUCCACCACAGGGCCGAAUGCCAACGGCUCAGCCUAGACACAAUGGGCAGCAGUAUCCCGCCAUGAUGCAGCCUCAGCUACAGAGACAGAUGUCUAUAGAAUCUGAGAUGAGCCACCAAAGGUUUCGUUUCUUACUACAAUCAGGGCAUUCCAACCCAGGGCAUGCGGGUCCUUUCCCGGUGGCAUCCCUCCAUAAUGCCAACCCCACAAGUCCCACCAGUGCGAGUAUGGCAGGUGCCCAUGCUCACCGAGGCCCAGCCAGCCCCAUCAUCGGUCCCAUCGAGCUCAUCCCCUCCGUCACCAAUCCUGAGAACCUGCCCUGCCUACCUGAGAUCCCGCCCAUUCAGCUGGAGGAUGCAGGGUCCAGCAACCUUGGACACCUCCUGUCUCGCUACAUCACAGCCAGCACGCAGCAUCACCUUGGCUCACUGGACAUGAAUGCAUCACCUGGACUGUCCACACACUCUCCUGGAUCUUCAGGUCUGUCGAAUGCACACACACCAGCACGACCUUCUAGCACGUCCAGCACAGGCAGCUGUAGCUCUGCGGGGAGGGUGGGGCCAGGAGGCGGAACUGGAGUGGAGCAGGUGAGGGUGAAGCAGGAGCCGGGGACAGACGACAGCUACAGCUGUCCUGCCUCUUCUCUGAAGACUGAGCGGGGCAACGAUGGCGGGAGGAGUUCCUGCAUGAUGAGCAACCUGGAGAGCAGCCCCUAUCCUGCAUUGGGAGUCGUAUCUGCCGGCCAAGAUGCUCUCAAGGCUUUAGGGGAGUGCAUCAAAACAGAACCCCAAUCUGAGACUCCUUGUUCCGGAAAAAGUGGCUCCAGUACCGCCACCUCCUCCACCACCACCACGACCUCCACUACCUCAUUAUUCUCUGAGAACGGCAGCAGCACAGCAGGCCUUCUGCUCACUAAUGGAAACUUAGAAAAGGGGACAGAGACCAAAGGGGCCGGGGCGUUGGCUGGAAAAGGCCAUUCUGGUUGGAAAGAGGACGACCCAAAUGAAGACUGGUGUGCUGUUUGUAUCAACGGGGGGGACCUGCUGUGCUGUGACCGCUGUCCCAAAGUGUUCCACAUGAAAUGUCAUGUACCCACCAUAAAAAUCUUCCCUACGGGUGACUUUCUCUGCACAUUUUGCCGGAGCCUAACAAUCCCAGAGAUAGUGUACUGUGACGACAGCAAGACCAUCAUAGAGGAGCAGAGUCUGAGUCCAGAGGACCAGAGGAAAUGUGAACGCCUCCUGCUGCACAUCUUCUGUCAUGAGCUCAGUGUGGGCUUCAGGGAACCUGUUCCUAGCUCUGUGCCGAACUACCACAAGAUUAUCAAGAAGCCCAUGGACCUGAAGAAGGUGAAGAAGAGGCUGCAGUUACGGAGCUCCCAUCACUACCAGUCCAUCCAAGAGUUUGUGUCCGACAUGCGCCUGGUCUUCACAAACUGUGCAAAUUACAAUGAGAUGUCUCGAAUAAUCCAGGUUUAUGAUGAGGAGAAACAGAUUAAUACGCAGGUGGGAUCCGAGAUGGCGAUUUCCGGCAAGGCGGUGAGUCUGUGCUUUGAGGAGAAGUUGCAGGAGACGUUCCCCGAACAGAGCUUCCCUGAAACACCUGAAAGCGAGUGCCCGGACACAAAGGAAAAGGUGGAGGAGGACACGGAGGACUCUGAGGACGACUUCCUACAGCCCAGACGUAAACGAUUAAAAACGGAUGAGAAAGUGGUCCACAUCAAGUGAGAACCAACCUCAAAAGAAACGAGGGAAGUGAAAAACUAUCUUCCUCACGUCCCACACGUCUCCUCUGUUUGAGGAAGCAGUCAAAAAAAGGACGAGAUUCGCUGUACAAACCGCUUGGUUUAGCUCAUCCUUGCCUUUUGAAAGAAUUACUGUCAUUAGAAAUCUGCCUUUGUCAGAACUCUUGAGGACAGAAACAUAGAAGAGCUGCAUUUCCUCCUUAUUCCAUGGACACUCAAGAACUUGCUUGUACAUAUAUUAAAGUAGGACUUGUUUUGCGGUAGUUAAAUUAAUGAAUGCUCCUUUCUUUUCUAUCACCCAUUUUCAUUUGUAGAUUUGUUGUGAAAGUUGCUUUAUAAAACAUUUGAAUCCCCUGUCCCCUGUUCUUAAUGUAUUAUAUCUAUACUUUGACAUGAAACCUACCAAGUAUUUGUAUGACUUUGUGGAAGCGUUAUGUAAAUAAGAGAAUCUAGCCCACUGAAGAUGUUCCUGCAGUAUAGAUGUUUGGGUGCGUCAUCAAUAAAACCUGUUCUUGAAAUAUA